GAAAAAGAGAAAGAUUGGUUUCACACGCAAACUGUCAAGAGUGAAGGGAAGCGAGCCGAUGGCGGCGACACAAACCGCCCAGCUUCACUGAGGCUCCGGCCCGUUGGGUGUUCUUCCUCUCGCGUGGACCCGUCUUCAGCACCGUCUUAACCACGGGGACACCGUCACGCCGAUGGAGGACCGGCCUCCCGAGAGGUGAAUCCCCCGAGUAAAGAAUCAUCACGGCGUCGUCACAGGGGACUCGCCACCGCCGCCAUCUCUCACGUGACCUCGGAGGUUCUAGCCCCGCCCCCCACCCCGCCUCUGUCUCCUUCUGCCUCCCUCUUCCUUCCGACCCCUUCCCUUCAGGCCUGGCGCCCUCCCCGGCGGCGGCGGCGUGUUUUGGCAUCCGAUGCCGCGGCGGGACCCUGAGGGCGGCCGCGGGGGACUGUGAUGUCAGAGCCCAGCAGCCCGGGCGAGAGCCGGCGCGGCGCUCCCAGAUUCUUCGUGGGCUGCGAGGACGAUGAGAGCGAGUCCCUGGAGGACAGCAUGAGGACGGACAUGGAGCUGUACGAGGACGACGAGGACACGGACUCGCUGCCGGAGCGACAGAUCGUGGUGGGGAUCUGCUGCAUGAUGAAGAAGUCCAAGUCCAAGCCCAUGACCCAGAUCCUGGAGCGGCUGUGCAGGUUUGAGUUCAUCACCGUGGUGAUCUUCCCCGAGGACGCCAUCCUCAACGAGCCGGUGGACCGGUGGCCGCUGUGUGACUGCCUCAUCUCCUUCCACUCCAAGGGGUUCCCUCUGGAUAAAGCUGUGAGCUACGCCAAGCUGAGGAACCCUCUGCUCCUCAACGACCUGAACAUGCAGUACUACAUCCAGGACAGGAGGGAGGUGUACCGCAUCCUGCAGGAGGAGGGCAUCGACCUGCCGCGCUACGCCGUGCUGAACCGAGACCCGGAUAAACCCGACGCGUGCAACCUGGUGGAGGGGGAGGACCACGUGGAGGUGAACGGGGAGGUGUUCCAGAAGCCGUUCGUGGAGAAGCCCGUCUGCGCCGAGGACCACAACGUCUACAUCUACUACCCCACGUCGGCGGGGGGGGGCAGCCAGCGGCUCUUCAGGAAGAUCGGCAGCCGGAGCAGCGUCUACUCGCCGGAGACCAGCGUGAGGAAGACGGGCUCCUACAUCUACGAGGAGUUCAUGCCCACGGACGGCACGGACGUCAAGGUGUACACGGUGGGGCCCGACUACGCCCACGCAGAGGCCCGGAAGAGCCCGGCUCUGGACGGGAAGGUGGAGCGGGACAGCGAGGGGAAGGAGGUCCGAUACCCCGUCAUGCUCUCCGCCAUGGAGAAGCUGGUGGCACGCAAGGUCUGCCUCGCAUUCAAGCAAACGGUCUGUGGCUUCGACCUCCUCCGGGCCAGCGGUCACUCGUACGUGUGCGACGUCAACGGCUUCAGCUUCGUGAAGAACUCGAUGAAGUAUUACGACGACUGCGCCAAGAUCCUCGGGAACAUCGUGAUGCGGGAGCUGGCUCCUCAGUUCCAGAUUCCCUGGUCCAUCCCGACGGAGGCGGAGGACAUCCCCAUCGUGCCCACCACCUCGGGGACCAUGAUGGAGCUGCGUUGCGUCAUCGCCGUCAUCCGCCACGGAGACCGGACGCCCAAACAGAAGAUGAAGAUGGAAGUCCGUAACCCCAUGUUCUUUGAUCUAUUUGAGAAAUACGGAGGGAACAAAACUGGGAAACUGAAGCUGAAGAAGCCCAAACAGCUGCAGGAAGUGCUGGACAUCACGCGGCAGCUGUUGGCGGAACUCGGGCAGCACACCGACUGUGAGAUCGAGGAGAAGAAGUCCAAACUGGAGCAGCUGAAGACGGUUCUGGAGAUGUACGGCCAUUUCUCCGGGAUCAACCGAAAGGUGCAGCUCACCUACCUGCCCCACGGGCAGCCCAAGGCCUCCAGCGAGGAGGAAGACUCGCGGAAGGAGGGCGCGUCCCUGCUGCUGGUGCUGAAGUGGGGGGGGGAGCUGACGCCUGCAGGCCGGGUCCAGGCCGAGGAGCUGGGGCGGGCCUUCCGCUGCAUGUACCCCGGGGGUCAAGGAGAUUACGCCGGGUUUCCGGGCUGCGGGUUGCUACGGUUACACAGCACCUACAGGCACGACCUGAAGAUCUACGCGUCGGACGAGGGCCGCGUGCAGAUGACGGCCGCGGCCUUCGCCAAGGGGCUGCUGGCUCUGGAGGGCGAGCUGACCCCCAUCCUGGUGCAGAUGGUGAAGAGCGCCAACAUGAACGGGCUGCUGGACAACGACACCGACUCCCUGAGCAGCUGUCAGCACCGGGUCAAAGCCCGGCUGCACGAGAUCCUGCAGAAGGACCGGGACUUCACCGAGGAGGACUACGACCGGCUGGCCCCGACCUGCAGUGCCUCUCUGGUGAACUCGAUGAAGAUCGUGGAGAACCCGGUGGCCACCUGUGGCGAGGUCUACGCCCUCAUCCAGAGCCUCACGUCCCAGAUCCGCACCAGGAUGGAGGACCCCAAGUCCGCCGACCUGCAGCUGUACCACAGUGAGACUCUGGAGCUGAUGCUGCAGCGCUGGUCCAAACUGGAGAGAGACUUCCGGAUGAAGAACGGACGCUACGACAUCAGCAAGAUCCCCGACAUCUACGACUGCGUGAAGUACGACGUCAUCCACAACGCCUCGCUGGGCCUGGAGGACACGCUGGAGCUGUUCAGGCUGUCCCGGGCGCUGGCCGACGUCGUCAUCCCACAGGAGUACGGCAUCAACCGCGUGGAGAAGCUGGACAUCGCGUACGCCCACUGCCUCCCUCUGGUCAGGAAGAUCCAGCUGGACAUGCAGCGGACCCACGAGGACGAGUCCGUCAACAAGCUGCACCCUCUGUACUCUCGGGGAGUGAUGUCACCGGGGCGCCACGUCAGGACGCGCUUGUACUUCACCAGUGAGAGCCACGUCCACUCCCUGCUCAGCAUCUUCCGCUACGGAGGCAUGCUCGACGUAAGAGCUCCGACACCUCCAGAACCGCUCGGGUCUCACACAGGGGGUGACGGUGUGUGUGUGUGUGUGUGUCAGGAGGAGAGGGACCAGCAGUGGAAGCGUGCCAUGGAUUACCUCAGCGCCGUCUCUGAACUCAACUACAUGACUCAGAUCGUCAUCAUGCUGUACGAGGACAACACGAAGGACAUCACCUCCGAGGAGCGCUUCCACGUGGAGCUCCACUUCAGCCCCGGGGUCAAAGGCGUGGAGGAGGAGGAGAACGCGCCGACCGGCUUCGGCUUCAGGCCCGCUUCUGCAGAGGUAGCCCGGCAGAAGCAGACGGACCCCGGCAGCAUGGAGGACCUCACGCGGGACGAGACGGACCGCGCCGUGCCGCUGUCUGAACCCAUCGCCAUUCAGAAGCGGUCCCCGCUCAUACGCAACCAUAAGACCGGAUCCAUGGAGGUUCUGUCGGAGACGUCGUCCCAGAAGGUCGGCAGCUACCGCCUCUUCUCUCUGUGCUCGCGUCAAUCCCCCGACAUGAAGCAAAGUGGACUAGGCUCUCAGUGCGCCGGGCUCUUCAGCACCACAGUCCUAGGCGGGUCCUCUAGCGCCCCUAACCUGCAGGACUACGCUCGUGCACACCGCAAAAAAUUCUCCGCCGGCAGUCUGUCCUACAAAGACGAGUUGUUGUCUCUGCCGGCAGUAAAACGAUUUUCUGUGUCGUUUGCAGAGUAUCCGACUAACGGCUUCGAGGGCUGCUCCAUGGUGCCCUCCAUCUACCCGCUGGAGACGCUGCACAACUCUCUGUCGCUGAAGCAGGUCGACGAGUUCCUGACCGCCGUGUGCGAGAGCGCCGGGGACCCGCACACCCGGACCACCAGAGCGCUGUCGGCCAUGUUCGACACGCACAACCAGCCGUCGGUGGACUCGUACAUCCCCCAGAGGGUCCUCUCGUCCUCCAUCGCGAUGAGGUCGCGCUCCGACCGCCCGCCCUGGUACAGCAGCGGUCCGUCCAGCACGGUGUCGAGCGCCGGCCCGUCCUCGCCGACGACGGCGGACACGUCGCCGCGGUUCAGCUUCAGCGACAAGACGACGUUCACGCCUCAGAGCAGCGAGGAGACGCACUGCCAAAACGCCGCCGACCAGUCGCCGCCGGGCCUCGAGCCGACCGGCUCCGCCCCCUCGAACCCCGGCGAAGUCCCUCUGACUCCCAAUAACUCGCCGGAGGACGACGGCGAGCUCUGCCCCUGCGCGCCGGACGGGUCGGAGGAGGCGCCCGGCGCGGUGGCGGACGGCGGCGGGGACGGCGGCGGGGACGGCGGCGGCGAUGCCGCGGCGGGCGCGAGGCCGCCGUGCUCGGCGCUGGCGGAGCUGGUUCUGGCGCGCAUGGAGGGCUACGGCCUCCCCGGCUCGCUGCCCGUGCUGCUGGAGCUCCGGGAGAGCGGCAGCGAGGCCGGCUCCAGCUCCCAGACGCCGCAGUCCCCCGACGGGCCGGACGAGUUCUUCGACACGCAGGAGUCCAUGGAGCUGUGGACGGACAGCCCGGAGAGCCCGCCCCCCGAGGCGCCGCUGGAGGGCGCGGCGCUGGCUAACCCGGCGGAGCCGUAGAGGGGGCGGAGCCUUCUCGACCGCAGACCUGUAGUCACAUCCGUAACAUGAGCAACCUCAAACUGUGCUGUUCAUUGACUUAAAAUAUAUAUAUAUAUAUAUAUAUUAAAUAUAUGUAUUUAAUAUAUAUAUUACAUAUAUAUAUUAAAUACAUAUAUAUAAAUUAAAUAGAUGUAUUUAUAUAUCUAUAUAUUAAAUAGAUAUGUGUAUAUAUAUAUUAAUAUAUAUAUUUAUAUAUGUAUUAAAUGUAUUAAUAUAUAUAUAUAUAUAUAUAUAUAUAUAAAAGAAGCCUCACCAGUGAACCUCUGAGCCUCCCCUGGUUCUGUUACUUUUGCUUUGUUGCCGUUACAAAAACACUUUUCUUAAAGCUGCAUUAAUCUGUUUUCUUGGCCACUAGGGGGCGCUCACAUCUAGAACACUUACAAAAUGAAAACUGAAAUCAUGCAGGAAGCGUGAGGCGUAUGAUUGGUUGACGGAGCUUCAGACUGGACACUCUUUGUUCCCUUCAGCCGGAGGGAAGGUCAACGUCACGGGACACGGGGACUUUCAACUCGGUGACGCAAUCCGUGGCUCGUCUGUCGGUUUCAUUUCCUGCGCCUGUGAUUUUCAAAACAAAAGCUGAAUCCCAUUUACUGCCGGAGAAACCCCGCGAGUGCAGCAGGUCCGACUGUGUGUGCCGCCUCCUGCCAAAGGAAUGUGACGUCAUCAUGAAGAGAGGAAACUCAUAUUUAUAUUGAAAUUGCCUCGUUAAAAAAUAAAUAUACAUAUUAUGGUAUUUUUAUACCCACGUCAGAUAUUUAAUUGUACCAUUGCUAUUGUUUAGUAUUUAGUAAAAUAUAAUAAUGAUAAAAACACACAACCUGAAAGCGGAUCUCUCAUUUCAUCGCUGAACAAAAUGCAAUGAGCUUUUAUUGUGGCGGUUAUGUAGCAGGUGUGUGUGUGGGGGGGGGGGGGGGGGGGACAUGCUUGAGAAGCAUUUCAGGUCGCUCCUGCGUUUACGUUGUCGAGGUGAAACGACCAUCGGAUAAUCACGAUGUCUUCACGAUGUCUUCGUGCUGCUUGUGGAUUUAAAGGGCCAGUGCGCUCCAAUUAUUAAAAAACAUGAAUUUAAAUGAUAUUUUGGGGUUUUAUUUCUUCAGGUUUUGAGAGACCAGAACAUUUCAAGCUCGUCGUGUUUUCCAGAACCAGUGAAGCUCUCUGGAUCAGCCAAGCCUCAGGAAUAAAAUCAUUUCUUGAUUAUUGAUUCCGUCACACGUUUCUUUUUCUUUUUUUAGGACUUUGUGUUUUAUUGAAGCAGAUCUCAAAAACCUGGACAAAUGAAACCAAAACUUCAAGGUAAAAGUAGUUCUGGUGACCAGAAACCCACCGGGUCUGAUUCCUCUGAUCAGCUGAUUAGUAAUCAAUGAUCUCACUAGACGACUCGGACGUUUUCAUUUCUUCUGUCUGUGAGUGAAAUUCAAUAAACUGUUUUUUAGAAAGUUUAUCAUGAAACAAUAUUGUGUAAUACUUCAGACAAUGUUACGAAAUACAACUAUUGUUCAGUAAAUGUUC